GACGGUAUCCCUAAUUUAGAAAAAUGGCGUUCUGUACAGCUGUGGGUUGCGCAAUUUUUAUGUUAAUGUGAAUUGAAUUUAUAGUAAUAUUAGCGUUAUAAGCGUAGUAAAUCGUAAGGACUAAAGUAAUGCCCUAUAUAAAUAAUUUACAGUGUGGUUUUUGAUUGGUUAACCUGUGUUUUUUGUGAAGUGCAAAAACUGUCAUGGACCGUGUAUUUCUUGUGUUAUGGUGAUGUAUCAAACCGAAUUAUGAUGCCGAAAACAUGAUACGGCUGUUUAAAUAAUGUUAUGAUGGGUUUGUUAUGGGUGGUGUUGUUCGUGGCCUUGACCGGCUCACAGGUGGGACAUGGAUUACCGAUCGGAUCCUCGCCGCCAAGCUACCCGCACGAAUCCCCUCAAGAUGGGUUCGGGGCGGCCUGGAGCUCGCAGCGCGGGCUGCUGGCGGCCGUGCCGGCGCUGGCGCUGGUUCUGACGGCCGCCGGGCUGCUGCUCGGCUGCACCUGGUGCUACCGACACAAGGACUGUAAGCAAAACCAAGGAAAUGACAACCAGCUGUUCUCUGCGAGCGCGACGCACCUGCAGGACGGGUCUCGCCGCUCGGCCGCCCCGGACUCGGGCUUCAGCGAGCCCAGCAACAACAACGUGUCCGAGGACAACAACAACGGGCCCAUCUCGCUGCGGGAGAUGCAGAACAUCGCCAACAAUAAUGCAGCAGCUUACAUUGUGAGCGAGAACGAGGAGCGGAAUAGGGCGGCGAGCCGCGAGUCGGUGGUGGAGUUCGAGCCGCUGCCGGUGGCGCUGGGCGGCGUGCAGGACCCGCUCGAGAGAUGCGCCGACUGGUUCGGGGCCGAUGACUUCCCUCGCAGCAGACUGCAGUAUCUCCGGGAGAUCGGGCGAGGCUGGUUCGGAAGAAUAGUAGAAGGCGAGCUCGAAACCACAGAGGGCUCAACUUCAACAGUCGCAGUGAAGAUCCUGAACCAGAACGCGACUUCAGAGGAGAAGGCUAGGUUUCUAGAAGAAGCCAGGAUAUACCGCGAUGUACAACAUGACCACGUGCUGGGCUACGUCGCCAGGUGUCUGCAAGAGGACCCGUGGAUACUGCUGUUUGAGCUGUGCUCUAUGGAUCUGCAACAGUACCUGGUGUCUCACCGCGACAAGAUGGCGGCUCUCAACGAGGCGGGAGUGCCGCUGCGCCUGCAGUGUGACGUUACGGCCGCACUUGCGUAUCUACACUCGCACGGACUUGUGUAUGGUGACCUCUGCACCGAGAACGUCCUGGUUCGUGGUUCAGACACAUCAGCUCGCGCCGUGCUCGGCCGCUACAGCACCGCGCCUCCGCCGCCGGCUAGUGUCGCGCCCGACCGCGUUACAAACACCACGCACAGCGAGGUGUGGUCGACGGGCACGCUGCUGUGGCAGGUGUGCGCGUGGGGCGCCGCGCCGGACCGCGCGCCCGCGCCCGAGCCGCGCGAGCCCUGCCCCUACCGGGCGCAUCUCUACCAAGUGAUGCAGCUGUGCUGGAACCCCAACUCUCACGCGCGGCCCACGGCGGCGCAGGUGCACUCGCUGCUCCAGCACCUCUACACCGCACACAAGCAGCUGGGGGCGUCCCACGCCGAGAGCCCCGGCGACUUCGAGGCGCGCUGGCAGACGCUCAAACCCAACACCAUCCCGAAGAUAGACGAGCACGUUGCCAUGGUGCAUGCGCCCUCUACUUCCACAGCGUCCCAUUUUACGGGUUCGGAGACGAUACAGGAUAGUCUCAGUGUAGACCUAGAUACUGCUGUCUCGAGGUCUAGCAGCAUCAUGUCAGAUAAAGACCAUCUCUCCGUACAAAUGAAGUCCGAAAGCCUAAACAACCUGCACGGCUCGCUAGAGGAUGUCGGCAGCGUGUACCAUAAUGAAUCAGCGGUCGAAAGCUUAACGAAUGUCAGCCUUAAUGACAGCAAGGAUAAGGAGCAAGAUCGAUCGGACAGCUCCAUGGAUCCCUGGUUGAAAGACAUCAUAGCAGGCAGCCAGGAUGACGUCAGCUAUUACAAAGACGUCAGUGAUGUUAUAAAGAAUCUCGAUAAUAUUCUCAACUCGGAGAAGACGUCGAGCUCGGAGUCCAGCCACCAGGCCAGCCCGAGUAGAGAUAAUUUAAGUUUAGAUUGUAAGAAAGAAUAUCCGCCACAGUCGAGUUUGGUUAAGUCGCCUGGCAUCAGCAACUUCCAGAACAUUCUAGAUUUAGGCUACGAGGAUCGCGAGCAGCCGGACGACGAUGACCGCGAGACCAUCGGCACGCUCAGCCACUCCUUCGAGCGACACAGUGAUACAAAUAGUCAACAUACUUUAGAAAACCUUACCCCCGAUACGCCCAUCAAGGAUUUGAAUGAGCUCGAGAGAGAAAUGGAACCUAUUAUUAGUAAACAACAUAGCAAUGUAGCGGAAAAACAGGCUGUCAGUGAGAAAGUGUCCCUAGAAACGGAAAUGCCAAAAGAAGUAGUUACUGUUAGUAAUAGUGAAGCACCGCAGCAGAGGGAGCUAGUAGAAUCUAUGUCUAGUGUAAGUGAAGGAAACAUUGAACAAUUGAAUGUACAAGACUGUCAAACAUCAUGUGAUAAAUUUAAGGAAACAGUUCAAAAUGAUACUCAUGAAUCUAAUAGAGCUAAGUCAGAUAAUGCAAUAAGUAACCAGGAAGACGAAAGUGAGAAAUUAGCGUUGCCAGUAGAACAAGUAGUAACUGAAACUAAUGUACAAAAAGUAAACGCACAGCCUGUUCCAGAAGUCCCAGAAACAGUAGUGGAUGUUGAACAAGUUGUCAUAAAAAUUAAAGAUAAUAACCAAGAAAGUGAAAUAAGAGAGCAUGCCAGUAAUUUCGUGGAUCAAUUAAUCAGACAAACAGCUGAUAUCAUUGAGCACGAACGAGAGUAUUCGGCUCAUCGCAAUAUGCCUAUUCGAAAACUUGAAGAUAUUGUAGUUACUAACCAUCACGAUUCUAAAGAUAAAGAUAUUGAUAAAUCAGAAGAAGAAUACAUAAGAUCUGAAAAUGUAAAUAAGGAUUCCGAUGUAAUAAAAUCUUUCAGCGUAGGAUCGUCAUGUAAUGACAAAGAUCGUGACGAGAAUGAAGAUAGCCGAGAAAUCGUUUUAGAGAUAAAUUCAAUAGCAGAUUUGGAGGAACCAACACAAGUGAAUUAUGAAGAAAUUGUCUUCGAAGACAAACACAUGAGUGGUGAAGACAAUCUACUAGAUGGAGCCAAUGAAGUGCACCAGUCGGAGCCGUCAUCUGCCGCAGAUAUUUUGCCAGACAUUAUCGGAAAUAUUGAUUUACCAUCCGAUGAAGCAAAGACUAAAUCUAUCAGUGAGAGUUUGGAAACCCAUUCCUUGGAUACCCAAUCUACAUUACCACUAGGAAAACCUGAUGAUAUAGUACAAAUUAUAAACGAAUCGAAACCCCAAUUAACAAAUGAAUGUACAAAUGUAGAUGAUGAUGAAAUAAUCAAAGAGAUACAGGAAGAAAAAGUCUUGCCUAAAUGUUACACAACUCUAAACACAGCAAACAAUGAAAGCACUAUUUACAUGGAUCUCAUAAACGACGCCAAAUCUGAUGUUACUAACAAAACUGACACUAUGGAUAGUGACAUGAAACAAGUGAUUAAAUCUUGCGUGGACAGUUCCAAUGUUACCAACGAUACCAACGAAUGUACAUUAGUUAGGAACGAUUCAACAGUAUACAUGGAUUUGCCAACGGUGUUGAGUGAAACCGACAAGUUUUUGCACUCAGAAAGAGUACUUAGUAGCCAAGUAAUAACAAACGUUAUUGCAAACGAAACGAAGUUCGAUGAAGCAAUCCCAGCAAGCACGCCCAAAGGCAGCGACUGUGAAGAGAGGGAGGAAGCGAACAACGUUAGUUUAACGAAACUAGACGAUCUAUCCGAAACCAAAACGCCAGACUAUGGUCCCGGCGUCACCUUAACAAAACUAGAACAGAAAUUCGUCCCAGAUAAUGUUAGUCCCUUCGAUUCACCAACGAAAAGUCACCCAACAGAUACUUACGACGAAAACAGCUCAGUAGUCCUGGGACCGUUCGAAAACUGCUCCCUAGAACUGUUCAAAGGGAUCAAGUCUGCGACCGGCUACACGGAAAUCGAUGCGGCCAAGGAGGAACUGCUGGCUUUUUCGUCAAACUUCAGCGACAUUAACCUGGAAACGCCAUCCCCUUUGCGCGACAGUAACUUCCUGAACGAAGUGCCCGACAUCGAAAUAAAUGACGAUCUUAUAUUCGAUGACAUCAACGAAAUGAGCGAAGCGAAGUCUUCAGAAGCCGAGCCGCCAAAAGCGAAGACGCUAGACCACACAGACGGGCCACCUCCAUCAACUCCACCCAACUCGCCCGGGACCUCCUUAGGGGAAUCCUCGCAAGCCAAAUACGUCAUCGACAUAGAUCUGAGCCAGCCCGAAAAACUGCAGUCCGGAUCGGGCAUGGGAGCGAUCGGGAAAGAGAUUGAUUUGAAUCAAAUCGAGACGACGAAACUAGCGAUGGCUGAGAACGAGAACAACUUGAACAUCGAGUACUCGGGCCCGAUCGAGGGGCUGAUGAGUGAUGACUCGAUGGAGGCAUACUUGGCGGGUAACGGGCUGGUCAGUGUGGAGGAGCCGCGGGAAGCGUUCGCGAUGGACGAGGCGAGCAUGCAGGCCUUGAGGAAUGAACUCGAGCUGAAACUGCCUCUGGCUCAGGUGGCGUCGGUAGAGCCGAGCGACGACAUCCCGCCCUGGAGCGGUCCGGACCUGGUGGUGAACUACCCCGGAGCUCUGAGUCCUAUUGCCGAGGAAACGGGGCAUCAGCUGUCGGCGUAUGAGAACGACCGCAUUUGGAACACCUCAAUCCGCACCGACUCAUCCGAGUCCUACCUCGAGCCCUGCAACAACUCCACGGACGAGGUCACAGAACUACCGACGGGGGCUCUGAACAGCGCGCCUCAAGGACUGACCUAUACAGUGAACUCAGGCGCCGCUUCGCUGGAGAAUAAUACGUAUACGCUGCAGAAAGAUGCUACGACUAGUCGAGACCUCACAAUGAGCGCGGAUAGCUUGAACGCGAGUCCCGCCAAGAAGAACGAAAACAACACACCAUCGCCUGUCAACGACAGAACUUACAACAAGGAGGACGAGAAGGAGGCCAAGUGUGAGCGACUGUCGCAGGUCUCGCCCUUCUUACUCAGCCCUACCACUGACACCUCCGCGCCCGAACGAUCGGACAACCUCACCGGAGUGUCUACACUGUCGCAAUCGACUGUACCUACUGAUGCGAAGAUAUCCAAACCGACAGACACGGCGUGCCUUUCUAAAGCCACCAGCAUAGAUUCCUGGUGCUCAAAUGAUACGCUGUAUAACGUAGAGGAAAACUUCGAUGAUUUGGCCGUCGAUGCCGAUGUAGCGCCUCAGGAUUUCGAAGAAGACAAAGAUCAUAGCGAAAGCAGCGAUACGCUGACGCACAAUGAUGAUGACAAAGAGCUGAGUCAUUGUUCUACGUACAUAGUGCAUGACAGCAAGUCGGAGGGAUGUGAGACUUUCUCCCCUGACUCCAUCACAGCUAACUGCACCUACACUAAACCGAAAACUGAAACUGCUGAGAAAUCACCAGCCCUGGUGACUCCCAAUGAGAGCUCGACAAAGAAUUCACAGACUAAAGAUCUGGCGUACGGGACAUUAGGGUCCUAUUCCAACUGUACUACUGAAUUACUAUCGGCACAGGACGAGUAUUGGAAGCUACCGCAACCAGAACUAGUGAGAAGAUCACCAAUAGGUGACGAUAUGGCCAAUUUAACACCGCCAGUGUUCUCAGAGAAGGUCAAUGCGGCAGUGGACAGUCCACAGCUGGAGUCUGAACCGAGCGUCAACAGGAUGGAGAGUGUCGAUAUAAGUUGUCUGCACGAUGGCCUGGUGGAUGAUUCUAGAAUAUCGAGCCUCCAGCACCAGGCCACCUCCGGCGACAGUCCCAACUUCCAUUACAGGAACAUGGCGCAGUCGGUGCAGAGCACGCCGAUACUAGAGACUGAGGUCCAUGAUGACGUUACGCCUAUACCGAUGCACCUGCCUGAAAUUAACACCCCUAGCUCAGAAUUCAGCUCUCAGAUACCGAAUUUCCAAUCGUUUAUCAACUCGGCAGAAUUGAGGCCUCAGGAUAUGUCGUCGAACCAGGAUACGGGGCUGCUUCUUGAAGGAGAAAGCAGGUCGUUGAGUCGGAAUAGUACCAACAGGGACAUUCGGUCUCCGACUUAUUCUGACUUCGAGAGCUCUGCGCUGGCGCGGCCGCAGGACCUCCACUCCAAGUCUAGUCAAAGUGUCACGAGUGGCGGCUCCAGUGAGGACUUUCAUGUCUUCGAGAACUCUGUCAGGAACAGACCUCAAGAUCUGUCGUCUGUACCGAAUUUGAGCUUGCAAGAAGGAGUGUCAGCCGAUUUAGCUCCUGAAGCUUCCACUAAUGAAGGGAUUCAGGAAGAUAUAUCUGAAAUUACAAACGAACAAAAUGCGCCGAGUGAUCCAGUUUUAGGAACGGAAAGUUACUUUGCUGCUAAUUUCAUCCUCAUAGAUGAAGUACCGAAAGUGGAAGAAUCAGAAGUUGUGGACGAAACGGAACAACCGCAUUCAAUCAUUAUAACGGAGAGUCCAAAAAACGCAGAAACCACUAGUGCUAACGUAACUUAUGACUCUCAUACUGAAACUAAAUUCAAUCUUAAUAAUUCCUACGAUUCUCACGAAUCCAAAAAUCAACAAUUUGUUAGUGAAACACAUCCAAACAAGGCAGACAAAAGCCCAUUAGUCAAUGGACUAGAGAAAGCCAGCCCUAAAAAUAUAGUAAACGAAACAACUCAAAAUGAAAUUGAUGCUGCUAUGGAAAAUUUCGAAGUAUUUCGCACAGAUCCAGUAGUUAUGAAUGUAGUUACUGAAACAUCUCCACAACUGGCUCUCCCAAACGGCUGUCAUGAAACAAGCGAGUCCAUAGAUGCUCAGUGCAACGGUACACCAGCACAAUACGCAACUUUCAACUUUAUCAAUGAAUCAUUCGAAGAAUUGCGAGAAAGUAACGUCGAUGGUCACGACACGAGUAAAACAAAGCUAGACGAUGAAGAACAGUUUGAAACAUAUACUGAAAUGAAUCUCAAUCAAAAUGGCGAAACGAACAUCGAAUCAGUAGAGACUGGUAUGGUGUCUUUGCAAAAUGGAGACGUCAAAAGUGAGUCUAAAGUUAACGGUGUCGUAGAAGAGAAGAAAGUUACGGAGAGUUUUUUAGAGAACGAAAAGAAUUUCUGCCAGUUGGAUUCUUAUCUAAUACUGAACGACAUUAGAUUUACUGGCCCGGCAUCCGAGAUAAUGUCGACAUCAUUCACGUCGGCCCCGCCCUCUGAGCCGACGUCGCCCGAGGACCGCUCGCAGGCCCCGCCCCCCGCGCCCGCCGCCGCAGACUUGUUGAAAGAGUGGGACAGCGAUAGCGACGACUCUCGCUCUAGCAACCCGAGCAGCGGCGAGUUUAUAUGGAAGGACGGUGAUGGCCACGAGACCUCGGUCCCCUCGUCGUACUGCCAGCACAACCGCGGCACGGGCGCCCCGGGCGGUACAGCUCACGACGCUGGAUCCGGCGCGUCCGACGGCCUGUCCGGCUCCGGAUCCGGGUCGGGCUCGGAGGGCGACGAGGUGGAGUUCGUGCCGUCCUCGUGGGACUGCCGCGCCGAGCCCGGCAAGUCCUCGCUCAGGAGCUUGGAGCAGCAUCCGGAGAGCAAGAAGCGGGUGGUGUUCAAGCGGCAGAAGUACCACUGCGUGUACGAGUACCCGCGCGAGGCGAGCGACGCGUGCGAGCUGUCGCCCGCCGCCGCGCUGCCCGACUACUCCACCUAUGCAGACUGGGCGGCGGCGGCGGCCGAGGAGGCGGAGCUGAGCUACAGCCAGCUGUACGGCGGACACCCCUUCGACAUGUCCUACCCGCUGCGCGCCGGCGGCGUCAGCUUCGGAUCAGACUACGACGAAGACUUCUUCAUAUCGUCAUCGGCGCACCCGUUCGAGAGUCUCGGCCUCAUGUCCACGUCGAGCCAGUUCUUCCCGGGGCUGAAGGGCCCGCUGCUGGAGCGCCGCGACUCACUGACCGAUGACGUCAGCGAGGAGUACCCCCCGCCACCCUCCCCACUGCACUCCGCGCUGCCCGCGCCCCCGCUGUCGCUAGACUUCACCACGCCAGAUUCAGGCGUUGAGGAUAUAACACCGGGUUCUACGUCCACGGAGGAUGACUUCAAAACCAAGAAGGAGGAAACCGAAGCGACCCAGACGCAGUGCUGGAAGUCAGUAGAUAGUGCUAGUUCAAGCGAGUCUGUGAGCCCGAGCUCCCCGGGCGAGGCGCUGGGCGGGCUGCGCCACACGCGGGACAAGCUGAAGCUGGACCUGCCGCCGUCGCCGUGUGCUCCCUCGCCGCGCCACCACCGCGUGUUUAACUUCGUACUCGACAAGCCGCGCCCGCGCUCGCGUCCAACCCCUGAGCCCGUGGUCAUGACGGACGACACGCCACUAGCCGGGCCCGCGCUGCCGCUGCCGACGCAAACCGAAGACCUGGCCCUGCCGCCGCCGACCUUCUCCACGUUUGGUAAGCAAGCGGAGCGGAGCGAGGAGCGCGAGGAGCCGCCCGCCAUCGUGCUGACGGACGAGGCGCAGGCGGGGGGCGCGGGGGGGACCGGGGUGGACUCCGGCGACGAGGACUCCGGCAUCGAGAGCAGCGCCAAGACCACGCUCGAGCGGAAGCAACACUCGCCCAACGUGUCGUAAGGAUAGGGUUGUUUAUUGUAUAAAACUUAUAGAUCUGUUUACGUAACGUGUACGAGUUUAGAAUGAGCCAUUAGAUUAGACGUGAAGUAGUAUUACCGCGAGGUUAUCCGUAUUAUUGUUGCUACACCGUGUUUGUUAAUGAGCAUAUUAUACAUAUCCGAGCACCGCCGGCCGCGCAUCUACAGGUUAUUUAUUCGUUCAAUAAUUACAAAACUAAGGUACAAAAUAGCCGUGACAGUAAGGUGAUUUAUAGCGAAGUAGUUGUAGGGCUUUCACGUAAUUAAUUAUACAUAAUUAUGCUAAAUAUACACAGAAUAUGUAUAUCGUAGAGCUUCGAUGAAGUUUACAAUCUCAUGGAAGUUGGUGCCUAAUUUUUAUCAACUCUAGGCCUAUCCGACCAUAUGACACUUGAAGCCUAUGUUAAUGAAAUGCUAGUUUUUGUCAUACGUAAAUAUUACUCUUUAUGAUAUUGUGUAGUGUUUUAUGAACUAAAUUAGUCUUAACAGCGCCAAAUCAAUUUGCUUAGCGUAUAGUCGAGCAAUAGAGGAAAUCGUAUAUAAACUGUGUUUUAAAAUAGUUAUUAAAUUAGUACUAUUGAACGUUUCCUCGUUUUUAUGUAGGUAAGCAAAUUGUUAUAGCGCCCCCUUUUACCUUGUCACAUUCUGUUGAAAUUAUCGAUCCUAUAUAACAUUGUACGCACAACUGAUAAAUUUACCUUCCAUGUUUUAAAAGAAAAUGUUGCGUAAAAUUAAAAGUUUCGGUCUCUACUAAGGUAAAAAGCCAAUUCUUAGUUAAGUAAUAAAUAUUGUAAGUGUAGUUUUAGUGUACGAAUCAUGAUGAAGAUGUAGGUCUUGCGUUUUCUCUUGCGAUAAUCAUACUUUCGCAUUCUUAAUAACUGAGAGCAGGAAUAUAACACUGGAGAGCAAUCGGAAAACGCAAUAUGAUAGUAAAUAUACCUACUUAGUGUAAAUGUACUCUACAUAAAGUGUGCCACUAAAAUAACGUCAUCUCUAUAUUAUGUAAUACGUCCAAAUGUGAACCUUAUGUGCAAUUCUUCUCAUUUCCAUAUCAUCUUUUAGUUAUUUAGUUACUGUUGUACAUAUAAUUUAAAAUGUUAUUGAAAUUCAUUUAUGUAAAAUUUUAUUAAUCAAUUAUCGUGCCGCAGGUUUGUUGUUCGAAACAUCUUUUUAACUUUUUUAAGUUUGGUUAAUGUACAGCUGUAAAUACACGAUAUAUGUUCAUUUUGUUAAGAUGUAGGAAAAGAUUCUCAUAGUAGGUAUUAGGAAUGUUAUUUGAAUAGAUUUUUACUUAAGAUUUAAAUAUUUACACUCGCAUAGGACUGAUGUAUCAAAAAUAUUUCCGAUAUUUAGCUUGAGCGAAAUGUGCAGUAUAAACAAUUAAAUUCGACAAAUAGGAACCAUAGAAAGUAAUACAUUGCCUAAAUUAUAGUAAAGAAUAUUAUAGUCAAUAGAUACGUGCAAUAGCAAAACACUUACUGCAGUAAAAAUCUAUUCAUAAGUUUAUACGUAUACAAUCAGUCCUCGAAUCUCCGCUUUAGAAAAUCAUAUAUUUAUCUCUGUUUAUCUUUACUCGAUGAAUCGAGAUGGCGAGUCUGAAUGAUUUACUAAGACGGUGAAUGAUAGAAUGUUUUCGUUAAAAUCUGAAUUAUAAAAACAGGAAUUACUCGAAUGAAUUGUCCAAUAUUUACUGUAUUUAUUGUUUGUAAGUUGUUAUUGAUUUUGUAUGAGCCCUUGGCAGUAUUUAGUGAAUGUGAAUGCAAUGGAAGUCUUUUCAUAUUGUGACUUUGUCUUUUAAAAGUAUUUCUAUGAAAAAAAAACUAAUGAAAUAAAAAUCGUGACUCAAA